AUGCAGAGCAGCACUUUUAAUCGGCAUAACAAGGGUCACGAAUUGGUGUUCCAGGCCGAUUCCAUCUCUACUGUCCUUCUAUGUAUGCUGCUUGCAUCCGUAUUGAAGGACAUGAAUCAUGCCGGAAUAGCCAUUAAACCGCCAGUUCUUACCAUCAUCGGGUCCGACACUAUGUACCUCAGCAAGUUUCAAUCCGCAGGGCCUGUCUUUCCCCGUAUGGACGACUCGACGGUAUACGAGAGAAUGAAGCAGUACAUGGUUUCAAAACUGCUGCUGAUACUAUUCGUUCGCCAACUGGCUCAGCAGAUCAGCCCCGGCGAUGUUGCUAUAAACGCGCUCGGACGUAAGGUGCGGUCUGGCGCAAGCGUCUAUAUCCAUACACUUUUGGGUGAGGGCAAGAGAGGUCAUGGUAGCUUCAUCAGUGACUGGACUAUCAAGCCGUACGGGCGGUUGCUGUAUACCAAGGAGGGUCAGGACCUGAGCGAGCGUCUGUGGCAGGAGACAAUGGAGGAGCUUAGAUUUACGUCGGAGAAGGGUAUCAAGCGGCUGUUUGCCUAG